AUGAAGAAAUACGAGGGUCUGUUGGAAAAGAAAUGGACCAGUGUGGUCAGGUUACAAAAGAAGAUUAUGGAUCUUGAAUCCCGCCUAGCCUCUCUCCAAUCGGAGCUAGAUUCUGCGACCCCCACGUCACUUACCCGUCGCAACGUCGAUCCCGCAAGCUGGCUCCCACGGGCUCCGGCGCGCCAUGUACUCACCGGCCACCGAAACCCAGUGACAUCCGUCGCUUUCCACCCCGUCUUUUCAGUCCUCGCUUCAUCCUCCGAAGAUUCGACCAUUAAGAUUUGGGACUGGGAGCUUGGAGAGCUAGAGCGCACAAUCAAAGGACACACGAAGGCUGUACUGGAUGUAGAUUUCGGAGGGCCGAAAGCGGGAGUACUAUUGGCGAGCUGCUCCAGUGAUCUUACGAUAAAAUUAUGGGAUCCGAAUAACGAGUAUAAGAAUAUACGCACUCUUACCGGCCACGACCACAGCGUGAGCGCCGUGAGAUUUAUUCCUAGCGCAGCAGGAGAAUACCUAGUCAGCGCUAGUAGGGACAAAACGUUAAGAAUUUGGGAGGUUGCGACCGGGUAUUGUAUCAAGACGAUAUAUGGACAUGCCGACUGGAUUAGAGACGUGGCACCUUCAUUCGAUGGCCGAUGGCUUUUGUCUGCCGGAAAUGAUCAGACAACUCGAGUAUGGGAUGCUACAACAGCAGAACACAAGGCCACACUACUUGGCCAUGAACAUGUAAUUGAGUGCUGUGUUUUCGCACCGCCGACUUCGUAUCCUUACCUUGCUACAAUGGCUGGUCUCAAAAAACCACCCCCCUCUACCUCCUCUUCUGAAUUCAUCGCGACUGGCUCCCGUGAUAAGUCAGUUCGUCUAUGGGAUAGCCGAGGCACACUCCUAAAAACUCUCAUCGGCCACGAUAACUGGGUGAGAGCAUUAGCGUUUCAUCCUGCGGGAAAGUACCUAUUAUCUGUCAGUGAUGACAAGACUAUCAGAUGCUGGGAUUUGACGCAGGAUGGGAGAUGUGUUAAGACGGUGGAUGAUGCACAUGCGCAUUUCGUGAGUUGUCUGAGGUGGGCGCCUCCGGCAAAGGAAGCCGCCAACGGGGAUGGAAAGACAAAUGGGGCGGCAGGUAAACGGGCAACUGAAGAUAAAGCGAUAGGAAUGAGGUGUGUCAUUGCGACGGGAAGCGUGGAUAUGAGUGUUAGGGUGUUUGCGUCAUAA